AUGUUCCCAGCAUCUUUAACUCGCAAAUAUAAUAACUCGUGCACCAUCGCGAGACCUUGUCAAUUCGACAGCAUUUUACCUCACUACACACGUAUUUCGAUAUGCUUUCCGACAGAAACGUCCGUGUUGCCAUCAGCCUCGUCGGACCUGGACAAGAUCCAGCAGCCGGUCAAGGUCGUGCUCUCCAGCACUUGUCACCACGCCUACAACGCCUGCAAAAACGAUCCCGAGUGCAGGGUGUUGCUGGAACCGGUGUUGAACCACUGCGAGUCGACGAGCUGCGCGAAGAACGAGUGCAUGGAAGCGUUGCAGAAUUUCUACAAAUCUGCGAACCACAAGCACUCGGUCGAGAUCGCGUUCUGUCUGUGCAAGAAAACGGACGGGAAGAAAGACGAGUGUAUGAUCACGCAGGAGAAAAUGCACCCUGCGUGCGCGCAACGAGGCGAGGGGGAAAUACCGACCUGUCACAGCUUGGCAGAAACUUGCAAAGAGCACGAGGCAUGCAGAGCGAGGCUGGAGUACUACGAGCAAAACUGCGCGGUGGACAGCGUGACGAAGAAGUGUGCCGGUCCGACGGCCGAGUGCAGGAAAGCGAUGCUGGGAAUCCUUGGCACCGAGUUGCGGUCGAACUGCGCGUGCAAGGGCUCGGAGCUCACGCAACUUUACGACUGUUUGGGCUGGCAAAGACUCCUCUGGGUGAACCCUUGCGUCGUCGAGUCCCAGAAAGAUUAUCACGCGAGGAGGAAACAUCAUCAUUACACGAGGACCACGACGACGACUGUCUCGUCGACGCCCAAGUCACCGGUUAGCACGACGACGGUCACCGUGGUCGAACAAGUGGAGGAUAAUAAAAUACCGGAAGUGACGAGAUGGACGACUACAGAACCUACGGAAACUUGGGAAAUCACCACCAUCAGCAGUACCACCAUAAGUACCACUCCUAGCACUACCACUACCACCACUACUCCACCUCUUGUACCGCGAGGACGAGCCGGAAUGCUCGGAGCUGUGCCAGUGCGGCGAGGGUGAAGUUUUGAUCUGCAACACGAUCUGCGUGGACUCGUCGCCCUGCAAGACGGACUUUGCCUUCUACAAUCACGAGGCACCGGCGUAUCAGGCGCAUCGCGGGCCCUGCCUUUGCUACAGCGGCCGUUUCAUAUGCAUGCGGCCCUCGCCCGACGCUUACUCUAUACCGCACGGAGUUUUCAUGUUCCUGGGCUACAGCGAAAAGGACGAGAGCUUAUUACGACGCCACAAUAACCUCACCGUCCUGGACGCAGUGUCGUCCCUCGAUAACUUCAUGAGAGAAGAAGUUAAUAAUCAGAACGUGAUUGCAGUGGCGCGUCUCGGGACUGACAAUCCACCCUUAAAUAGCAGCCAAGCUCAAAGUCUGCAGCACCUUCUGCGCGUCAAGGUGAGUAAAUUGCAAAUAGCAACGACUCUCUAUCUUUCUCUGUCUACCUCGCCUCUACUACCCAAGUGCCGUGAAUUCGCAUCAAUUCUGAUCUUAUUUUCCAACGGCCAACUCCGCGCCCUCUCUCAACUCUUGCAGCCCUAG